UACUUCUUUAUAGCUUGUAGAUGCCUCGGGAUUAUCCCAUAUGUUGACUUAUGUAGGAUGGUCUUCGACCUAAAACAACUCCCCCAGUAUUCUUGUUUUGCUUACCUCUCAACUCAAGGAGGGUUUAGAAUCCCGAGGAUGCCUAGUUCCCUGAAGGGGUGGAAGGAUAAGUGGUUCUAUGCUAUACCUCAAGAUCUCGACGUUCCCUUUAGUCCUCGGUGGGGGGUUCCUGAUACUGCUAGGUUUUGUGGGGGUCAGGCAUACUUUGAAUCGUUGGAGAGGCAUAGGCAAAUGCUAGAGGAGCUCGAGCCCCUCGUUUAUGACUUGGAUGAUAUCCUCGGGGAUGAUAUCCUCGAGCUUGCAAACAUGAAAGGAAUCGAGGAAAUGACGUUUGAUCCAAGUGCCCUUCGUCAGGCAGUAAACAAAAAGUCCAAGGCUCCCCAGGCUCGAGCUCCCGGACCGUCUCCGGGAAUAGUGAGGACGGGAUCUCAACAGCAGGAUCAGCAGGGGACUCCUCGGGGGUCUGUUCCUCGGGGACCUGUUGAUGUGGUCGACCUCGAGGAUGGGAGCCUGCCACCGGGGCCUGCUAAUCCCGAGGGAUGCUCUCGGUGCCACUCAGUGCUCAGCAUCGUCGACAAAUACCGGGCAGAUGUCGACUUAAGCAAUGGCUUGAGGGCUCUUGAGGCUAUGGCCUUGAAGACACUGGGAAUAGCUCGGGGCCUUUCCUUGAAGGAAAAGGACGAGUCUUCAAAAAUGGCCGACCUCGAGGGGGCCGUUUCUGCUCGGGAUCUAAGGAUUGCCGACCUCGAGGAGGAGCGUGCUCAGCUAUUGAGGGAGCGCGAGCAUAUGCGAAAUGAUCUACGCAGUGCUCAGGGUGAGGCCGGUACUGCGAAGGCUGAGGCUGAGCACUUUAAGCUCGAGCUCGAUCAGCUUAAAAAAGAUUUUGAUGAGAAGCUGGCCAGUGCUCGGGAGGAAGCGAUCGAGGACUUCAAGAAGUCUGACGCCUUCAACGAGUUAAAGGGCGACUAUGCUAUGGGCUCUUACUUUCAUGCCCUGAAGGAAGCUCGAGCUUUCAUGCCCCUGAGGCCAGAUGCUUGCCCUGAGGAUUUGAAGUCAAUCCCUGAGGUGGCUGAUGACCUUCAUCUUUCAGAGUCUGAAGAGAACGCUGGGGAUGAAGACGUCGAUAUCGAGGUUCCUUCCAUGUCUCUUUACAUCACUUGUGCCUUUCCAAACACUAGGAGAUACACCUAUUCCAGUAAAAAGAAGUUUCAGCCCAAAGAAAGUCUAGUCAGCUGUCAGCUGAGUCCUGAGAUUGAUGCACACAUCACAUACCUGAUCAUAAUGAGCAGUGGCGAAUGUAGCUAUUGGCCAGUUAGGGCGGCCGCCCUAACUGGCUUUGCCAGAACUGUCGACCGCUUGCCGCCAGGUUGUUGCAGGGUUGGUGGUGCGCACAGGCACAAUAGUCUGCAGAGUGGGAAGCCGAACGGAGAAGAAGACUCCCAAAUUUCCUUUUUUUUUUCGUUUGGGCUAUCUGAUUGGAGAUUGGGUCUUUAA